CGCCUUUUCGCAGGCAAAAAGCGAGCUGCUUAACGCUUCUUAACAAGGCCUGCAGCUUUGGCGUAAUUGUUUAAAAAGAAACAUAAUGUCUAUAUGGUUGAAAACUGCAAUAAGUCUUUGAAAUAUGAUUUAAAAAACAAAGCUUUUAGUAAAAAAUUUUUUUUAGAUAAUCCUAACCUAAGUGAAAAAGAUAUAAAACUUGCAUUUAUACACAAGCUCGGUACUUUUGCUGCAGCUUGUAUGAAUUCAAGAUAUAAUGGUACAAUCUUCUUUGGCAUUUCUGACUGCAAAGAUGGAAAAUCUGAUCAUGGAGAAAUAAAAGGUAUAAUCACUUCUUUGGUUAGCAAUUACAAGAAUCAAGAAUGGGUAGAAAAACAUUUUAGAAAGACCCCAUUUAAAAGUCUUCAAGAAUGUUCUCGAGAAGAACAAAGUGUUUUUUCAAGAUGUAUGAGCUCUAUUCGAUUUAUUCCAAUAAUAGAUUCAGAUCGUGUUGUUAUUGAGAUUGACAUAGAACCAAAUUUUUUUAUUUGCAAGUUUCUUAAGUUUAAACUUAAUUCUAGUAAGUAUGAAAAUGGAGUAUAUUUCUUACGGGAAGAUUCUUUAAAUGUUCCUCUUAAUCCGAAAAGCAAAGAAGAAGAAAAUUUUAUUAGCACUAAGUGCAAAUUUUUAGCUGAAGAGAGAAGAUACAUUCAGUCUUAUAAAAACAUUACCCCAAUAAAUAAACAGCAAAAGCUGAAGAAUUUAUUAUGCAAAGAAGAGAACAAAUUCUCAGAUGAUAAGUACAAGUACUUUCUUAUUAUAAAUAGUUAUUGUACUGAUGAAUGCUGCAAAAUGUCAGAUUUUUCAGAUUUUGAAUGGGUGAAGCAAAUUAAUUGGAAAGCAAUUUUUGAUUUUAAUCCGGAUUCAGCUAGUAAUGGUAUACUUUCUACUGCACUACAAAAUGCAGAUAGCGUAAUAAUACCGCCAGAUAGCAUUACAGUUAAUGAUUUUAAAGAAAAACUUCAAAAUGAAUCAACUAUAAACAUGUUUUUAAAAUUUGUCAAUACAGAAAAAAAGCAUUGCAUAUAACAUGUGUUGAAAGUUUGGAGUCUGACCAGGAAUACUUUUAUUUAUGGAGACAAAAUUAUCUUUCCAAGAUUAUUAGACUGUUUAAUAUGCUUACUGGUCCGAAGUGCAUAGAUUCUCCUUCAGAUAUGAUACUUGUCAUUUGUCCAUGCUCAAGUUUAAAUCGAAAGGAAUUAAAAUAUUUUUUGAAGAAUAUAUGCAUUAAAUUUGAUGUUCUUAAUGAAUUUGUGUUUCUUGCACAAUCUUAUAAACAUUUAAAGUUUGUAAAAAAUGCCAUUUUACAAGAAUAUGAUUCAAGUAUGUGUAAAUUUUUAGAAGAACAAUCUGUGAUUUUAAAAUGGUCAGAUAUUUCAGCUUUUGUUCAGCAAUACAAGAGUGUUCCAA